CAAACAAACAAGAUGGGCGGGUAGUGGACAAUUGAAUGCUCGGGAAAUCUAGGGUUUUCUUCGUCCGCAAUGGAGGCGGUGGUGGUCGACGCAGGUUCAAAACUUCUCAAAGCAGGCUUCGCUGCACCCGAUCAAGAUCCGGCCAUGAUCAUUCCUACGAAGAUGAAGUGCGUGGCGGAGGAAGGGGACAUGGACGAUCCCUCGGCGUUCGAGGAAUUGACAGUAGAUCCCGUUGUAAGGGGUUUUAUCAAAGACUGGGAUGCAAUGGAGGACUUACUGCGCCAUGUUCUUUACACAGGACUCGGGUGGGAGAUGGGAGAGGAAGGGCAGAUUUUGUUCACCGAUCCUCUCUCCACCCCAAAGGUUGUCAGGGAACAGUUGGUCCAAAUGAUGUUUGAAACUUUUAAUGUCUCGGGCUUUUAUGCUUCCGAGCAAGCAGUAUUAUCGCUUUAUGCAGUAGGACGUAUUUCAGGGUGCACCGUUGACAUCGGGCAUGGGAAAAUAGAUAUAGCACCGGUUUGUGAAGGUGCUGUUCAGCAUAUAGCCUCCAAAAGAUUUGAGAUUGGUGGAAUUGAUUUGACAAAUCUACUCGCUCAGGAACUCAGGAAGACCAAUCCACAAGUACAUAUUGACAUUAAUGAGGUUGAGAAAUUAAAAGAGCAAUAUGGAUGCUGUGCGGAAGAUGAAUCUUCCUUUGAUAAUACACUAAAUUCUUGUCAGAAAGAAAAGCACAUUCUUCCAGAUGGACAGAUUAUAAUGAUCGAAAGGGAAAGGUAUAUUGUUGGAGAAGCUCUAUUCCAACCAUCUAUAUUAGGAUUGGAGGAUAAUGGGAUUGUUGAACAGCUAUUUCAAAGUAUCACGGCUGUCGCGCCUGAGCUUCACCGACAACUUAUUGACAACAUUGUUCUGUGCGGCGGUACUUCAUCUAUGGCUGGUUUUGAAGAGCGUUUCCAAAGAGAGGCAGUUCUGUGCUCCUCUUCAAUACGACCUUCUCUUGUUAAGCCACCAGAGUACAUGCCUGAAAAUUUGCCAAACAAUUCAGCUUGGAUGGGCGGUGCUAUUCUUGCCAAAGUUGUUUUCCCACAGAAUCAGCACAUCACAAAGGCAGAAUAUGAUGAGACCGGACCUUCAAUUGUUCACAAAAAGUGCUUCUAACUCAAGCUUCCUCUACAAAUUUGGUGACGAUGGAGGUUAAGGGAGAGGCACAGAUAAGGAACUUAGCGGAGAAGCUGAGGGCUGAAGGAAUAGAGCACACGCUAUGGAU